ACUACAUGUUAAUGAUUGUCAAAACAAAAUCUGAUGGCAGAGUUAUGGUUGGCUUCCUUUCACUCCAGAUUAUUGUCAAAACAAGAAACAAAGUCGGGAAAACCUCGGGCAGAGGUCAUCGCGGUAGGAGAACCUCCAGCAGAAGAGGGUACACUUUCAGCAACUACACGGCCAUCUACCCCUUCGAUGGCAGAAGAGGGUACACCUUCAGCAACUACAGGGCCAUCUACACCUUCGACGGUCAGUUUGUCAACACCUGUCAGGUUUCGGCCAUGUCGCCCGUCAGAAGGAGUUGGAUUACAAUCUGUGAUAAUGAAAGAGUUGAUUGCCCAGCGCCAGCAACAGGAUGCCAUUCUAAAGAAACUUGACGUCGCCAACCAGCGCAUCAUAAUACUGGAGACUCUGAUCCGUAAGGGGAACUGCAACACACAGACACCAUCAUAG